CGCCCCCUAUUUCUGGUUAAUUCAUCAUGAUCUCUUAAAAUUCUUACUAAUCAAAAAAUAAUCUCUUAAUAAACUCUUCCUAAACAAUUUUUUUUAAAGUCGCCCCUUUAUAUGGAAUUUCUGGCUCCCUCCCUGCUAUCGUGUACACCAGCUCACACUAUCACUCACCAUUUCAUCAUCAAUCUUCUUCUUCUUCUCCACUCUCUUAUCUUCUAGAGGGUUUUUUGUUUUGAUCUCUAAUUCAGAAACCCAUAUUUCGGGAAUUGGGAUGUUAUAUGAAGAAAUUUGAAUGAGACAUUAGAAAGGAAAAAAAAAAUGAGACUCCUAAACGUGGCUUACGGUUUCAUUUCAUAAUUGUUACGAUAUCUUUCACUUAGCUUUUUGGUUAGUGAAAAUGGGAUUAGAUUUGACUCGUGUAGAUGUGGGUUUUGGUUCUAUUGAUCUAAUGCUUCGUUGAGAAAAAAAGUUGUUUUGCAGCUUUGAAAAUUUUGCUACUAGCGAUUCUGCUUUGGAAGUAAGAUCAUCUUAAAUUUUGGGUGCCUAAGAUUCCUUUUUCUGGUGAAUUUGCUUCUUCUCCCUGAAUUAGACUGCGAAAGGUUAGGUACAUAAAGGCCCGCACUAGUCUACUUAAAUUAUUGGACGAUAUAAAUGGGAGAAUUAUCUGUUGAUAAACAAAGUGACUAUCAAAGAGAGGAUUCACAGUUCUGUAGAUUGAAUAUGGACACCGAAACCUAUGAGGAGAAUGGUUUGAAAAUUAAUGAAAUGAAACUUGAAAGGUUCGUUGUUGAGCCAGAACAAGCAUCAACAUCUGUUGUCAGUCAAUUACAUAUGGUGGAAAGAGGUAUCGAGGAAUCGUUAAUUCUAAGAAGACAUAGGGUGGAUCUUAGAACACCUAAACAUACACGUUUCAUAAGUUUCAAUAAGAAAGAAUUGCAGCGUUGUUUGGAUUUUGUAGAAUUUAGUGCAUCUGACUCUCUAUUACUCUAUGGUCUGGAAACUCCAUACAAUAUCUCUUCGAACCCAAAGUCUUCAAAGAUGAAACUUUUGUUUGAUCAAUCAGAACCAAGGAAAAACAGGAGAAACAAUAGUUUAGGUAGUUUUAUCGUCCCAUGCCCGAUUGUAGCAGUGGACGGUAUUGUAGUUUCAGACACUGCUGGACAAUGGAUAGUGGGGGCAAUAGAUGGAAGGAUUAAUCUGAAUAACAUGUUGAUGAGUGGAUUAAUUCGCCAUUUUGGUUCGCCAGACAAUGAUAUGAAGUUAGGAGGAUUAGGAUCUAAUGAUGUUAAAGAAACAAACUGUUAUAGCUCUCCUUCGAAUAGUCCGAGUUUUAGUACCCCACAAAGUCUCGAAAUAGAAGAAUCACCUGUAGGAAAUCGAAGACAUGGGUCUAAGCCGUUAGGUCGAAGGCUUAUUUCGUCUUUAUCAAAUAUGAAAUCUGCAAGUUCAAAUCAGAUAUCUUUGCCUGCUUCUACCACUGUUUUUCAGGGAAUGCUUCACUGCACAUGGAAGAGUGGGAUUCCACAUUUUGUGUUCUCAUUUGAUGAUCAUAAUGAAAUCUUUAUAGCUGAUCUCUUGAAGGUUGAGUCCUCCGAUUAUAAGGACCUUGAUUACAUGUACAUGUUUCAUACAAGAAAAAGGGUUUCAAAGAUGCAUGGGAGUUACCAAAAUGUGCCCGAUCUUAUCGGUAAGAUGAAGGUUUUAAAAUCAUCGUUUUUGUGCUCAAAUAAUUCGAAAUUUACGGAGACAGAGUUCGUAUUAUUUGGUACUAAAGAAGAUCAUCUUGUGGAUGUGCAAAGUUCAGACUCUACCAUGAGGAAGCACAAGGGGUCACCUAAAAAUGUAGUGGAAAUGUUUAGAGCGAACCAUUUGUUUAAGCACAAAGCUACUCCUAAAUUUGGUGCUACAGGCUCUACACUUAAAGAUUGUUUUUCAGAUCCAUGUGAAAAUAUGUGCAACAAGCUUGAUGCUUUGGAUAGAAGGAACCUUUUAGAAUGUCCUAAGGAGUUUGAGCUAGCUGCCAUAGUUGUGAAAGAUCAUCUCCAUGAGAAUUGCCUAGAUGUAACAAUAGGAGGUUGGGGCUUGAAAUUCUUGGAGAAAGCUAGAGUUAAACCGGCUGAUGCCUACUUAGGAGCCUCCAUUUCUUCUGGUUAUGGCCGUGAAAAUUUGCAAACUCAAAGUGACUGCUCUACUAGCAUGAAUGUUUUAGUCCCAGCUGGGAUGCACAGUGGUCCAAGAAGUAAACAUGGAGGUCCAUCAAGUCUUACCGAGAGAUGGCGGUCUGACGGUAAAUGUGAUUGCGGAGGUUGGGAUGUUGGUUGCCCUCUCACGGUUCUCUGUAGCAGAUCAGAUGGACAUGAAGAAUUCACCAACCUUGAUACGCUAGACGAGUGCAAGUCGUGUGAUUUAUUCAAAGAGGGUUCGGACAAAGAUUUCCCCAUGUUGAGGAUGGCGAAGAUUCAAGACGGGUUGUGUGUUAUUCAUUUCCAAUCGACACUGUCAUCAUUACAGGCUUUCUCCAUAGGAGUUGCAAAUAUUCAUUCCCGGUAUAAAUUCACUCUUUGCUCUAAAAAUGUAAAGAAGUUGAGUCAGUAAAGGUCAGGGAUAAAAAUUAUUGCGUGAUCCGAGAAAAUGUCAAUGCUCUUGUUGUAAAAUAUGAAGUGAUUAUUUAUAUAGUUUGUAUUACUGUAAAACAAAAUAUAAAUGAAUGAUUCUUUUUAAAAAAAAUAAUUUAUUUAAUUU